AUGGCGUCUUUACUUAGUUUGGCAGCAUUUUUCAAAGUGUUCAGUUUGAUUUCUGCUGCACCGUUUGAUGGAGAAGGUAGGAUAAUUGGUGGAUUACUAGCUCCAGAGCAUAGUUUUCCAUAUCUGGUGGGUUUGAGUAUUACAAAAUCGACUCGUAGUGAGGGAAUUUAUUGGUGUGGUGGUUCUCUGAUUUCACCAAACUUCAUUCUGACAGCUGCUCAUUGUGUUUUUGGUGACAUCUAUGAAGUUCAAGUGAAGUUAGGAGUUCACAAGCGAAAUAGCCUUAAACCUCAUGGCAAUAUAAUUAAUAUUCAACCCAAAGAUAUCAUAAUUCAUGAGCAUUUCAAUAAAACUAUAACCCAGAAUGACAUUGCACUCAUUCGUUUACCUGUUAAUGUCACUCUGACAGAUGACAUACAACUGAUACAUUUAGCUUCAUCUUACAUGGAUCAGGAGUUUCUACAAGGUCAAGAAGUCAUAGCAGCUGGUUGGGGUAAAAUUGUAGAUAACAUGACAGGUAUUUCGGAAGUCUUGCGUUAUGUAGAUGUCAAAAUCAUGAAUCAAGACACUUGUGACAAGGCCUAUGAUGAGGGUUUGGUUACAUCUACAAAUAUUUGCAUUGAUGGAAGUGAAAUGAAGGGAACCUGUAAAGGAGAUUCAGGUGGACCAUUAGUGUACCAGGCAGCAGAUGAUAGUCGGUAUUUGGUGGGAGUGACGUCUUUUGGUAGUGAACAUGGUUGUACUAAGGGAUUUCCAACUGUAUUUACAAGGAUAACAGCAUAUUUGGAUUGGAUAGUUGAAUAUACCAACAUAAAUAUUGACAGUUAAAAAAUAAUUUUCG